AUGUUUGCCGAGAGAGAAAAAUUAAAGAAAGUUCACGAAGAAUUAGACGAGAAAAAUCUGCUGAUUCAGGAAUUACGAGAUGAACUUCAGUCAAAUAAAGUUACCAUCGAAAAAUUAUUCCAAGAGAACAGAGGUUUAAGUGAAACAUCGAGAUUUGUCACUGCCUACCGUGAUCAAUUGGAUAUUUUGAAAAUUAAAGCGGAGAAGAAAAGAGGAGUUAGAGGAGCAGAACGAGAUUCUCUACAAUACCAAAGUUUCGCUGGAAAACAGACGAACGUGCUCCAUUCGAAGGCAGAAAAGCUCGUUGAAACUGAACGAGAACUUGUUCAAUUCAAGAAAGAUCUCAAGAAUAUAAAUGAGGAGAAUAAGUUAUUAAAGAGAAAAAACAAAGAUCUUCUUGAUGAAAACGCGGUGCUUUUGUUAGACGCACAAAACAGUUUCUCUGAAGUGUCAAAUUUAAACUCGGAAUUGGACUUAAUGAAAGGAAAGGAAGAAACAACGGCGGAAGGUACUUGCUUAGCAAGCGAAUGCAUUCAAGUGUCAUCAAAGCAACUCCUAAAGCUAGAGAAUGAAAAUCAUCGCCUGAAAGGCAUUAUUGCUGAACUGACUCAACAAGAACCUGUUACUCUUUUACAGAAUGUCGGUAAAGGAGAAGAGGCACUUGGAGAUGUAUUUGAGCAAACUACCGAACAAAUUGAUGAUAUAUCUGAAGAUGCUGAAGUCAGGGUUGUGCAAAGACAAUCAAGUUUUCUUGAGAAGCAAGUUGCGGCAGACAGUGCGCUAAAUGUUGUUAAGGAGAAGUUACGACAAAAAGAAGAAGUAAAUAGCAAAAUAUCAGAAUCACUGUCAAUAAUGGAACAGGAAAACAGCGAACUGAAAGACAGAAUGCAACAAGUCUUAAAUCAAAAACGUCGCAACGAUCAGAUUAUCGAGAGAAAAAGCGAGGAUAUCUUAGAGUUGGAGAGAAGGUUGGAAGAAGUUACAUUAGAACGCCAAAAAUGCGAAACUACGGUUCGUCAAAAAACGCGAGAGAUAAAUGAAUUGAACAACAGCUUAAGUGAAAUGAAGGAAGACAAAGAGAGAUCGAUUGAAGAUGUAGAAAAGAAAGCCAAAGAACGUCACGAACUAAAAGAAAGAGUUGACUUGAUCUUGUCUGAAAAAGAAAAGCUUGAUGAUGCUUUGAACACAAAAGAUAAAAAAUUGGUCGACCUGGAAAACAGACUUCUGCGUGUUCAAGAAGCCAACAAGGAACUUGCAAGAACUCUCGAAUCUCAACAGGCAAAAAUAACAACACAAGACGAACGAGUGUCAGAUUUAUUGUCAUUGGCUAAAGAAGAUGAAAAAAGAUACUCUGAUAGCAUUAGAGAAAAAGAUCGACGAUUAAAAGAAUUUGAAAGAAGAAUAACACAUUUAAUUGAAGUGGAAAGUGAGUUGGAAAGUUUAAAUUAUCAAUUGAAGCAGAAGGAUCGAAAAAGUGACGGGUUUAUAAAGACUAUCACAGAAAAAGACGAAGAGAUUGUGCGUCUAGAGAAUAAACUCGAAGAUGCUAGCAACGCCAACAAAAAGUUGGUCCACAAUCUGGAAUUGCGUGACAAAAAAGUGGAAGCAUUGGAAGAAAGAUUAUCAAAUGAAUCAGAAAAGCAAGAAAGCAAUAAUGUCAAAGCAACAAGAGAAAUUUUGGAAUCGAAAGACAACAAAAUAUUAGAGCUUGAAAGUCGCCUUGAGGAUGCUCUAACGAAUUGUAAAAAACUUGAACAUACACUGAAGGUUAAAGAAGAAAAGAUCAUGAGUUUUGAGAGCAGACUUGAAGAAGCCAGCGUUUACGAGCUUGAAUGUAACAAACUUAAAAAUGCCAUUGACGAGAGAAAGAAGGUCGUUGCUAGACUCGAAUCAAGCCUUGAUGAAAUGUCCAGUGACAAUCAUAAACUGUCAUGCGAUCUUCAACUAAAGGAUACAAAAACAAAAGAACUUGAAGAAAAGAUUCGUACGCUAGAAGCUGAGAAGCAAGAAAUUGAGUUAGUCCAAAAAGCGUUAAAAGAGAAAGAUGAAUAUGCAACCACGUUAGGCGAGAAAUUGAAAAAGUGUAUGGAGGAAUUAGCUGUGCUUGAAAAUAGAAUCGAAGAAACCAGCAGUCAGAAUGGGAAACUUCAACAUUCAGUGAAAAUGAAAGAUGAACGAAUUGUAAAUCUUGAGUCCAAAGUGCUGGAGCUCGAAGACAUGACAAACCAUAAUAAGAAAUUGAAACAAAUGAUAGAACAAAAAGAAGAAAAGAUUCGAUUAAUGGAAAGAAAAAUGGACCACUAUGAGGAUGCCAAUCGACAGUGUGAGCGAUUGACUGAGAAAUCUAGCAAACAGGACGAACACAUCACUAAACUUAACAAUAGAAUAUCUGUCCUCGAGGAAUACGAAAAAGAGAAUAGGACUGUGAAGUUUAAACUGACACAGAAAGAUGAACGAAUAACUUAUCUUGAGCAAAGGUUACAAGAAACUAAAUUGAAAUCUUCUAAUUUGGAGAAUGAGGUCACCAAGAUGCAGGGAAAAUAUGAAGAAAAAGUAAAACGCAGUCUCGAAGAUGUGGAUACGCAUAAAAUUCGACGAAUAGAGAGCGUUCGUCGAAGAGAAGAACAAAUCAAGUCUCUAGAGAAAUCACGGUCUAAACUUGAGACUGUACUACACGCUCAAGAAAGCCAUAUUCAUUCCUUACAGGAUCGUUUGGAGAAUUUGAUGAGUGAAAGAAACCAACUGGGAACUAGCUUAAGCAAAAAAGAAAGCAUCAUUAAUGAACUGCAAAAAAAAGUCAUGGAACUCGAAGAUAACUUUUGUGAUGUGGAUAAGUUGAAUGAUUUGAUGAAGAAAAAAGAUGACACGAUCAAACGAUUUGAAGAUAGAGUUCGUGAGGUUGAGAUGGUGUUGAACAGGACGCAAGCAUCUAAUCGAGAGAAAGAUACGAAGAUUGAUUUACUUCAAAAAAGGAUUGACGAGUGUUUGGAACAGAACAAAAAACUUGAGGAAAAAUUGAAGAAAAGAGACGAAGCAUUACGAAAAGCGGAAGAAGAUAUGCUUGAUGUUGAAAACAGAAAUAGAAGUUCACCUGGGUUGUCAACGGACUUGAAUAAACUCCAGUCCAUUAAACAGAAACUAUGGGAAGCCGAAGCAAGAAUUGAAGAGAUUGAUAACGAGAAAGGAAAAGUUGAAUAUCAACUUAAAAGAAAAGAAUCUUAUCUGCAGGAUCUGGAAGUGCGAUUACGUGAAUCUUCUGAUGCCUUGGACGAAAAUGAACGUUUGAAACAGAACAUCAAACAUAAAGAAGAACGACUGAGAAUUUUACAAGCAAGUCUCGAUCAAAAUCUUUCUGAAAUCAACUCUCUUGAGAGUCGUCUUGAAAACAUGACAUCGGAAGUCUACAAACUACGGAAAGUUGAUGGCGAAAAACAAAAGCGGAUCAACAGUUUUAAAAUGAAGCUUGAGGAAAAGGAUAAGAUCGAUAACGAUGGGAUAUUGAGGCAAAAGAACGAGAGAAUACACACAUUGGAAGAGAAAAACAAACAACUUCUUGAGGAGAAGAAUAUGGCCAGUGAGCGCAUGGCGGAGCUCGAGAUAAAGUUAAAUAAAGGUGACAAAGCACCAGACAACACCGUAACGAUGAUUGAUAAUAUUUUCCAUGAUCGAAGACCUCAUGUUGCUCGUGUUUCAAUGGAGAACGAGAAAAACCUUGACAUGCGAUAUAAAGAUGUUGAAAAAGAGUUUGAAAAUUUGCGUCUGGACAAAGAGCAUGCCGAAGGUAGAUACUCGUCGUUGAGGGAGGAAAAUAAAAAUUUAAGUCAUGAACUGAAAGCACUAAAGUCAGAACAUGAUCAUUUACUUAAUGAUCUCAAUGAAAUGAAGGAAAGUUACACAGAUCUAGAUCUUCUGUCGGCCAAAUCACUGCAUCGCUGUGAGAUGUUGACACAAAUGAACAAUACUUUAGAGGAAGAAAAUAGAAUGUUGAUGGAACAAAUGAAUAAAUUACUCACACAGAAUCAGGAGUUGUUGACGGAGUCUUUGGUGAGUCGAGAUCAGUUUUUGGAAGAAGAAAGAACAUUCUCUGAUCGUCUUUACGAACUUCAGAGGCAGAAAGAAAAAUUGGAAGAGAAGAUUGAACAGGCAAACAGGAGUCUUGCUGAAAAUACUCCAAAGAAGAAAAGCAAUCUGUUUAAAAAGGUUUUGCAAAAAGCUGGUCUGAAAAAGAAAAAGGAAGAUGGCUUAAAGAGUAAAUCCGCUGUGCAACUAAUCAAAUACGAUCAAAGUCCCCGUACAAGUGUUGAAGGCUCAUCUGAUGUGUCAGACUCGAGCCCAGGAAUGCGUCAUCUAUUUUCAAUGUCGCCAGAACGUGCUAGCGAUUCAUCAAAUAUUAGCGAAAGCGUAAAAUCAGAUAUUUCUUUUGAAAAUGAUCUUUCUCCAUUCGCUCGAAAGAAAGCUCGCCUAAAUCGUGCAAAUCGUCAACAACGUGUAAAGUCUGAGUACCUAACGUCAGUUCUGAUGGAUAAUCUUGCCAUACAAGGUCGUAGCAGGAGUCUUGACCCUAAAGAAUUCAAUGAUUUAGUUUUCGCUGCCAAAUCAGAUUUUAGUUCUGGUCAAGUUUCGUCAUGUAGCUCUAUGACUGUAUUGAAUGCAAAUUCUGAUGAAAGUUCAGGGGACUCGGUACGAGGUAGGAAUAGUUCAAAUGAUGUCAGCAGAAUUUUAAGUUUCUCAUUGGUGCACGAUGAAACUAAACGCCCAUCGCCAAUUCGCGAUAGGAGAAACGUUGAAAAUAGAACAAGAAAUCCUCCUGAAUACAAUUCGAAAGAGAAUGUCAAAAAUUCUCCUCAUUUGCAAAAGAUAAGAGGAGUUGCUAAGGGUGAAGCUGGAAACAGGAUGAAGAUUAAAGAUUUUCCUCUUAGGAAUGAAAAAGGAACUGUUAAUAUCGAAAAUAAAGUUAAAGAUUCUCCACAUUUGCAAGAGAUAGAUGGAGGUUUUAAAGUCGAAGCUGGAAACAAAGGAAUUGCUAACAUCGAAAAUAAAGUUAAAGAUCCUCCACAAUUGCAAAAGACAAAUGGAGGAUUUAAGGUCGAAGCUGGAAACAGGAUGACGAUCGAAGGUUUUCCAGCUAGCGAGAAAAAAGUAAAUGUUGAUGUUGAAAGGAAAAUUAAAGAUUCUCCACUUGUGCAAAAGAUAAGUGGAGGUUUUAAGGUCGAAGCUGGAAACAGGAUGACGAAUGAAGGUUUUCCAGCUAGCGAGAAAAAAGGAAAUGUUGAUGUUGAAAGGAAAAUUAAAGAUUCUCCACAUGUGCAAAAGAUAAGUGGAGGCUUUAAGGUCGAAGCUGGAAACAGGAUGACGAAUGAAGGUUUUCCAGCUAGCGAGAAAAAAGGAAAUGUUGAUGUUGAAAGGAAAGUUAAAGAUUCUCCAAAUUUGCAAAAGAUAAGUGGAGGUUUUAAGGUCGAAGCUGGAAACAGUAUAACGAUUGAAGAUUUUCCAGCUAUCGAAAAAAAAGGAACUGUUGAUAUUGAAAGGAAAAUUAAAGAUUCUCAAAAUUUGCAAAAGAUAAGUGGAAGUGGUAAAGUAGAAGGUGGCAAUUGGAUUACGGUGAGAAAUGGAAGUGUUGAAUCUGAGAUCUUACAUCGUGAUAAGAAAAUCAAAAAUAACUUUGAAAAAAGUCCGAAAGCAGUGACUGAAAAAGAAAAAUCCUCCUCGUUGAUAAAGAAUUUCACUGCAUCGAAUACUUGGGAAGAAAAGAAGAGUAACACUAACAACAAAAUGGAUAGCACUAACAAAAAUUUAGAUAGUGCUCAGUUGCCACUGUCAUUGGAGCAUCGCUCGUCAACUUUAUCCCAAAAUGGUUUUGAUAAAAGCACUUACAGACGUUUCUCCGAGUUAAGCUCAUCUUCACGGCCUCCAAGUUUUACAGAGAAUGAAGUGAAAAGGACAACAGUUCAUCUUGUGAGCUCAAAAUUGGCAACUGUCGAUGAUGGUAAAAAUCUCGUCGAUAAUCGUGAAUUGAAGCACACGUCAUCGAUCAUUUCCGAUCACGUGCCAAAAGAAAGAACAAUAAAUGUCCCUUCCAAGUCUACUUUGUUUCCCUCAAGAACAGUAGAUACCUCCAAUACAUCAUCAAAAGUAACUCAUCGAACGGAAAAAAUAAGUGCAGAUAAACAACAAACAAAACGGACAAGUUCUUUUAUCAUUCGACCCCAGUCUCCCUUGACCUCACGAAACCAGGUACACCGUCAACAUUCCGACCGUAUAGUGACAAGUUCAAUGGAAAUUGAGCGAAAGAAGUCAAGUCUAGGGGAACCUGCUGUACCUGUUGCCACCAAGAACAAGCGUCCGCAAUCAUAUUGUCAGCGUUCUGAUUCUAUACAAAGUGCAAGGCAAAGUAUUGGUAUGGUUUCCCAUAAAGAAGUCGUCCAGUCUGCUGCUCUAGAAUCUAAUCCCCGGAUCGAGAGGAAAGAAGGAAUUGAUCAACCGGAUAAAAAAGGGUCGAGUUUUAAGGGAGAUGAGUAUAAAGUAAAAACGCGCAGAGGACAACAAACACCGUUAUCUUCAAGGCAAACUUCCAAGGUCGACAAUCUUGUACCAAAAAACGAUAAGACUCUGGAAAAACAAGGAAAACCUUCUCUCUGGUAUGAAUACGGUCAAGUGUAACAACGUUACUUUUUAUCAAACUUGUACUUUUAGAUUUUUAAUUGUUUCUAAAUUAUUCAGUUUUAACAUUUCAUCCCAUUUUUAAAGAACUUUUCAGUGGCAGGUUUGUUGCCCUUCCCUCCCCACCCGUCUAAAAAAUUACAUAAACAUCGAUUUUAAAACUUUUUUCUAAUUUGAUGAAAAACAUGGAGGUUAUACCUUCAGAUCAAUUUCUCUGUUCCUAAUAUGUUGCAUUAUGCUCUUCCGUUUGCUCCCUUUAUGUUUUUUUUUCAACUGCCUCAACAAGCAGUCGUUGGCACUGUAAGAAAGUAAGGGCGUACUGUGACAGGCAUUAGAGUAUAACUGUUAUGAGAAUGUUGUGGCAGAUGCAAAUGUUUUUUCAUAUAUUUUUUGAUUCCCCGUUUAUCCAAAGCGCCCUUCUCAAAAUAAUCUUGAAUGCAAGACAAAAUUCAAAUAUCACAAAAUAUUACCAUAAGAAACUUUGCAAUAGAAAAUAAGAGUCGUCAUUCGCUCAUUGCCCUGCGGACACUAAAACUUCGUGUUGGGUCAAUACCGAUAGAAGUUCGUAGAAAUCUAUUUAAACAUCCAUGUUUGAAAAGCAUUCUUCAUAAUUAUUGCGUGCUGUUAUACUUCAUACAUUUAACUAUGAAAAAUCCACUAAACCACAGUGCAUUUUAUUAAAUAAUUAAAUAGAACUUAGUCGUGGUGAUAAAUCUAAAAAUUGUGUUAAAAAUUGUAAAUACCAGAUGGUGAAUGGCAAAAAUAAUAACCUAGUAGCUCUUAAAA